GCCGGUUGCGGCCCCCGAUGGGAUGUAGCGGGCGGCUGCUGGGACCCGUCGGGGGCCGCCGCGCCUCGCUGCUCCUCACCAUGAUCCUCUUCUUCACCUACUUCUUCUACUGCCUGCCGGGGCCCUGCGAGCCGCUGCCGCCCGCCCUGCUGCUGCCGCCGCCCGCCGCGCUCCCCGACGGCGCGGGGCUGGGGGCUGCGGGCGGCGGCAGCCGGCGGUUCCCGCAGGCCAUCAUCGUGGGGGUGAAGAAAGGCGGGACGCGGGCGCUGCUGGAGUUCCUGCGGGCGCACCCCGGGGUGCGGGCGGUGGGUGCCGAGCCCCACUUCUUCGACAGGUGCUACGAGAAGGGGCUGCGCUGGUACAGGAGCCUGAUGCCACGCACACUGGAGGGGCAGAUCACCAUGGAGAAGACCCCCAGCUACUUCGUCACCAAGGAAGCUCCUCGGCGCAUCUACAACAUGUCCCGGGACACGAAGCUGAUCGUGGUGGUGCGGAACCCGGUCACUCGUGCCAUCUCGGACUACACGCAGACGCUCUCCAAAAACCCCACCAUCCCCAGCUUCCAGGCCCUGGCCUUCAAAAACAUCAGCACGGGACUGAUCGACACCAGCUGGAGCGCGGUGAGGAUCGGGAUCUAUGCCAAGCACCUGGAUAACUGGCUCCAGUACUUCCCCCUCUCCAAAUUUCUCUUUGUCAGUGGGGAGAGGCUCGUCAGCGACCCGGCUGGGGAGAUGGGCCGUGUCCAGGACUUCCUGGGUCUCAAGAGGGUGGUGACAGACAAACACUUCUAUUUUAAUGAGACCAAGGGCUUUCCCUGCCUGAAGAAGCCGGAGGGCAGCAGCAAGCCCCGCUGCCUGGGGAAAUCCAAGGGGCGGCCGCAUCCCAAAAUCGACGUGCAGGUGGUCCAGCGCCUGCGGGAGUUUUACAGACCCUUCAACAUGAAGUUUUAUCAGAUGACAGGGCAGGACUUUGGCUGGGACUGAGCCAUCCACAGGACACAGCACCAUGCUGGGAACUGGUCUGCCCAGCUGCAUGUGGAGCCAGGACUGUGGUCCAGGGAUGCUCAUGGCUGCUGUGGUGCAGGGAUGCUCAUGGCUCCUGUGGUCCAGGGAUGCUCAUGGUCCAGGGAUACUCAUGGAUGCCAUGGUCCAGGGAUGCUCAUGGCUCCUGUGGUCUAGGGAUUCUCAAGGCUGCCAUGGUCCAGGGGUGCUCAAGGCUGCCGUGGUCCAGUGAUGCCCAUGGCCAUCCCACCACCAACCUCCUCCCUUCAUUCUAAUUUAUAUUGGACCUUUUCUGGCAAGAAACGGACCUUUCUGGAGUAGAGAGAAAUAUUUAAGAAAUAAAACCACAGACGCCCCCUCUCCCCUCCCUGACCAGAUUAAAUAUUCUUCCAUAUAAA